UCUCUCUCUUUCUCUAAAGGUAGGCCAGGCCAGUGUGUGUAUCCAUGAAUGUACGUCACCAUGAUGAUGACCGACCAGCUGAUGGACUUAGCUCCGCCUCCGCUGCUGAACGGGGAGCUGCCGCUGAUGCAACACAUGGUUAAUGGAGACGCAGCGCAACAGGUGAUCCUGGUACAGGUGAAUCCAGGGGAGACCUUCACCAUCAGAGCGGAGGACGGCUCGCUGCAAUGCAUCCAGGGUCCUGCUGAGGUCCCAAUGAUGUCUCCCAAUGGAUCAAUCCCCCCCAUCCACGUCCCCCCAGGAUACAUCUCCCAGGUGUUAGAAGACAACACAGGAGUGCGUCGGGUGGUCGUCACCCCGCAGUCUCCUGAAUGUUAUCCCCCCUCGUACUCCCCCGCUCUCUCCCCCACGCACCACCUCCCGCCGUACCUCACCCAUCCCCACUUUAUCCCCAACUCUCACUCCUUCUAUCCCCCUGUGAGUCCUGGAGACCUGCCCCCCCACCAGUACUACCAACACCACCUCCCGCCCAUAUAUGGAGAAGAGAUAAUCCCAGUGUAUGGCAUGUCCAGCUACAUUGGUAGAGAGGAGAGCUAUAGCAAGCCCCAGCCUAAGAAGGUAAAGGAGCAGAGACAGCUGGAGCGACAGAACAGACUCAACUCUCCUCCCUCCUCCCUGUACAAGCCUCUGGGCUCCAGCCACAAUGGAUACAGCGGGAAGAGCCAUGUCCCUUCGCUAGGGUCGUUGGGGUCAAUGGGCGGAGCUAACAGUCCAGGAGGAAAGAAACCGGAACGACGACAACUACGGAGCAGCCCAAGGAGCAACGAGCCAGACACACACACACAAUCACCGCAAGAUCACGACUCGGAGGCAAAGAGAGUUCAGGAAGUGCUCUCCGCCAUCGACAAACCACAGGUGUCCAACGUGCACGCGCGGGGUGCUAGUUUGUCCUGGGCUCCCCCGGUUGGGCUGGUGAACCGGUUCAGCAACAGCCAGUCGCUCACCUACGAGGUCUCUCUGUCCGACAAGGGACGGGACGGCAAAUACAGACUUAUAUACAGUGGAGAGGAGCUGGAGUGUCAUCUAAAAGACCUGAGGCCAGCUUCAGACUACCACAUACGAGUCAGCGCGGUGUGUAACUCUAACUUGAGGGGUGUGUGUUCGGAGACGGGGUCGUUCACAACACACACCUGCCCCCCUGACCUGCCCUUCCCCCCCAAACUGUCUCACCGCACCAAGAGCACCCUCACACUGCAGUGGAAGGUACACUUUUAGUUCCUUUCAUUGGACGUUCCGAUUGUUUACGC